AAGCAGUGGUGAACAUUGUGUAUUGUAAAGUUUGCAUCUUAAGAGUAAAUAUCCAUGAACUAAAACACAAAGUGUACAGGAUGACUAAAGUGGACUGUUGCUAACCAGGAAAAGUUGUAUUUUUGUGGCUCUCUGAUCCAUACAGUAAAUAUUACUUAUGGUUGCAUGUGAAUUAAUCUAAAUAUUUAUGAUGAUUGUGUAUUUAGGUUCAAACCCGAACUGGAAGUGUGUUGAAACCAGUUUCCUGCCAUUGUUAUGGAAGUGCCCGAGUUUGUGGUGUAUGUGCCGGUAGAAGUAAUCAAGUGGCACCUCGGGCAGGCACCCCAGGCUUUAGAGCACCUGAAGUUCUUUUACGACAUCCUGACCAAGGAACAGUUGACAUGUGGUCUGUGGGGAUUAUUCUGUUGUGUCUUUUGAGUGGACGUUACCCAUUCUUCCGAGCAGCAGAUGACUUGUCAACAUUAGCAGAGAUUAUAACUCUCUUGGGAACCAACACAGUUCGGAAAGCAGCUGCUAAGUUAGGUAAGCUGCUUACAUGUAGUGAAGAUAAAAAACCUCUUGAUCUAAUGAAAGUGUGUGAAAUUCUGCGUAAUAAAACUGUGAAUAAAGAAGUAUGUGGCAAUGCAACUCUCAAGAUGGAACCUUGUGUGGGAUGCCAUCAGCAAGAUAUCUGUGUGUGCUUGAUACCUCCUACAAAACCAAGUAGUUCCUCACAAGUUUCAGGAAAUCACAGUAAAAAACGAACACAGAUGCAGGAUUCAAUUUCUCAGAAAAAGAACUUAAUGCCUUCAGGUACCAUGCACCUAUCACCAACAAAAAAGAAGAUUAAAGUUCAGAUAACUCAAAAAUCUCAAUAUGAAUAUUUUGUUGGUUAUUCAAGGGAGGAAUUAAUAUCUUACAUAAAUGAAACAUCAUCUGCAGGAAUUGAUAGUCAGCACAUUUUUGAUAAAGCUGAUGCCCAUACAGCCAAAACAUCAUCAACUUGUUCAAAGAAAGAGGUAAUAGAAAACUUACCCUAUGGGAUACCCCAAAAAAUGUCCAGAAAUAGUAGUGUGUCCCCAGUUGGUGAUGUUUCCAGCACUGUUACUGGACCUUGCUUGUAUCCACCAUUGGUCUAUCACUUACUUUUGAGACUUCUAGAUCCUAAUCCUGAUUCACGUAUAACAGCUGAAGAAGCUUUAGCUCAUCCAUUUUUGAAGUCCCAAUCUAUACAUGGAUGUUUAUAAAAUAUAAGUUAGAUACAACUGAAUAGUUUCUGUUAAAUAAAAUCAAAGAAAUUAAAGAAUUGUUGGUGCUGAAUUUGUGCCUCAGUGUGAAUAAACUGACUUUUUAUAGAAUUUUGAUUUAUAUAUUUUUAUUGUAACGUGAUAUACAAUUAAAGCCCAUAUUUAAAUUGCACCAUAUUACUGGAAAUGCCAGUUUUAUAGAAUGGCAGUGACUGGCUGGCAAAAAUUUUUAUUUGGUGUCCUGCAAUUUAGAGUGGAGGACUAUGGUUGCCAACCCUCAGGUAUGGGGACAAUACUCCGAUUGAUUGACCGAGUUUCAAAAUUGGCUGCUAUGCAUGAAAUCUAAUAAAUAUUCUUAUUACAGUGAUCUUAAUAUAUCUUGGGUAUUUAUUAAUAUUUUAGAUUUUCUUAAUGCUCUGUGUAAUUUCUGUCAUAGCAGUGGAGAUAAAACAUUUAGUAAAUUUCA